AUGCAACAGCAGCAGCAGCAGCAGCUCAACAUCUCCAACAUGAACGCUACGGUGCAGGUCACGGUUGAGAACCAGGUGGCCAGUGCCCUGCUGGGCCUCUGUUUUGUCCUGGGGGUGCCUGGGAACCUGGUGGUGAUAGAAGUCCUCAGACGCAAACUGGUGGGAGGGAGCUUCACACUCUGGCUGAUGCUGAACCUGGCCGUGUCGGACCUGUUGACCCUGCUGACCCUGCCCGUGUGGAUCCACACUCUGCAGCACGGCUGGAAUUUGGGCUCGGUGGCCUGCAAGCUUCUGGCCCACAUGGUGUACUGGAGCCUCUACACCAGCGUGCUGUGUGUCACUCUUCUUAGCGUGCAGCGCUACGUCCAGGUGCUCUACCCACAGCGCUGGGCCAAGGUCAAGGCCACGGGUCAUCGGAUUCUGCUGGCAAUCGUAUGGACUCUUGGAGGCCUGCUGUCAUGUCAUGCUCUGGUGCAAAGAGACAUAGUAUUGUGGAGGGAUGGGUUGCUCCACUGCAGACCACACUACAGGUGGGAUGGGGAGAAGGUAGCCACUCUCCUGCUGGAGAGCCUGCUGAUGUUUGUGCUGCCGUUCUCCAUCCUGGCCUCCCUGUACAUCGCCCUGCACAGAAGAGUGAAGCAGACCGUUCGCUCAGGUCACAGAAGAAUGAAGAAGCUAGUGUUCAGAAUCAUCAUGGUUUUCUUCAUCCUGUCCAUUCCGAUCCACCUCAACAAUUUGUUGACCAUUGGGGCAAUUUCUUCAGGAUCAAAUAACUUCCUGCAGUUCACAAAGGUCACUGGGAAUAUCGCCGGGGCAGUGAGCUUCAUCAACAGCUGUGUUAACCCCUACCUGUAUGCUUUCUCCCACCGGACAUUGCGGCGUCAGUCCAUAGUCAGGUCACUCAAUCAAAACAGUUCAUCUGUACAGUCUUGCUCCCUCAAUGUCAAGCAGACGGUGAUUUUAUCUUAGACAGACCACUAUCUGAUCUGAUCUGAUCUAAUCAGAUAUCAGAGUUCAACAAUACUUUUCUCCAGAUGAAGAUGUCCGCAUGUAAGUCAUGUUCAAUCACUCACUGUCUUAUAAAAUCUGCAGAGUUUAGAUUUAUGGGCUGACUGAUGCUGUGCACUGGAAUAUACAAGAGUCAUGUGCAAAGUCUGUAAGGUUACUAAAAUGUAAUAGCUUAUAUAUUACUAGCUACCCUGUUAAAAUGAAAUAAUGGAACUUUUCAAAAUAAGUCCAAUUCAUCAAAAAUAAUGUAACUGACUACAUUUGUUUACUUUUGGUUGGCAGAAACAGACAAAUAAAAAAAUAAAUGAGUAAUGAGUAUAUAACUCCAAAAUGAAUCGAGCCUAUAUACUGUACAUGGCCAAAAGAUGGAAAACAAGAGAACAAAUAUAUGUAUUAAUAAAUGUUAUCAAUGUUAUCAGAGUUCAACAAUACUUUUCUCCAGAUGAAGAUGUCCGUGAUGUAAGUCAU